AUGUUAUCCACGUCAUCAAGUGGAAAAGGGAAAUCACCGCCGGCAAGACCGCAACUCCUUGAACCUCCGGCUACCAUAAUAUCACCACCGUCACCAACAGAUGCCAAGGACUUUCAUCCACCGACAUUCACAUUUCCUCCGCAGCCAUCACCAUCAGAACAGUCAGAUGAUGCCAUAGAGUAUGAUUCUCCGGAAGAGGCGGAAGAAGUCGACUCACGACCCCCUGCUCCAAGGCCUAGAAAUCGCUCCAGGCAAUCUUAUCAGUCUCUCAGUCCCAACCUCACACCGCAGAUAUCGACGAAAAUAUCGGACUCACCCAGUAACGAUUAUACUCUACAGCUGCCGGAGUCACCUGCGCCUUCGGCGUCUCCUUCACGACCUGCUUCACCAUCAUCGCCGCGUUACAGACCUAAAGGUCUGCAUCAUCGUCGCACCAGCUCGACUCAUCGAGUGAGAGAGACCACGGAUGGACAUCAAACGAGUACAGAAGAUGGAGCAAGGAUGAUCAACCAAUACAAGAUAGGGAGAAGUUUGGGCAAAGGUGCUUAUGCUAAAGUGGAACUGGGUGUAGAUGUAGGCUCAGGCAAGGAGUAUAUCGUUCUUCUGUACGAAGCAAUCUCGGUUCCUACAGCAGACGCUCUAGUCCUUGUUCUCGAGUAUAUGCCAGGAGGAACGUUAAUGGAAAUCAAAGUCGGCUCAGAUGAUGCUCAUGCUGCAGUUCCAUAUCCGCUACACCAAUCGAGAGAGUAUUUCCGACAACUCUGCUUGGGUCUAGAAUACCUGCAUGCGAAUGGUGUCAUUCAUCGAGAUAUCAAGCCUGACAACGUCUUGUUGUCGGCGAAUAAAGAGCUGGUCAAACUUUGCGACUUUGGUGUCUCCGAAAUGUUUACUGCCGCAGAUGAUGAUCGGAUCAAAAAAUCUGGAGGCAGUCCGGCUUUUCUGAGUCCGGAGAGUUUUACUGCUCAUCAACAGGAUCUCCACGGUAAAGCAGUAGAUAUCUGGGCGCUCGCUGUUAGAGAAAAGGAUCCUCUUCUCCCCUCAUCGUGGGACUCGUCCUUGAAGGAUUUGAUAACGAAGAUGCUCGAAAAAGAUCCCCAAAAGCGAAUUGCAAUGUCAGACCUCAGAGAACACCCUUGGGUUACCGAAGGCGGCCAAGAGCCCAUGAUUGAUAGCGAGACGAAUCUGUUCGAUGUCGGAAAGCACGUGGAGGAGCCAACGCAAGAAGAGCUCAAGAAUGCUAUUGGUUCUUUGCGCGGAAUUUUUACAGUAAUCCGAGCUGUACAGAAGUGA